CCAAAUCCUGCUUGGCCAAAUCCUCCUUGCUGCUGGCCGUAUCCAGUAUCUUGCUGCUGGUUACCGUAGUCAGGGUUGUUUUGUUGAUCGUAGUUCAUUGUGAGGUGAAGUGUAAAGAAUGGCGUACAUUUAUGCGUUUGUAUUUAUACUUUUUGCCUUUAAUUUUGCAACUCCCUUCCACUCUCGUUCAAGCUUGUUUGUCUUAAGGUAUAAAUUUCAUCCAGCGUGGCACUUUUUUCGUCAUGGUGACCCAGUCCCAGGUUUGAAUGGAGAAGUUUCAUAACAAGCUCCUUGAAUCAUCAUAUCAUUGACGUGAUCUACCAACAUUUUGAAAUAGUGUAGGAUGUAUGGCUUCAUGCACGUCGUUGU